CAAUAAGCGCCAGAGCGGUAUCCGUUGCCAGGAUAUCGUGUGAAUGGAGGAUAGCCGUCAGAAUGUUAACUUUGUGCAGUAAAAUGGUUCUUUAAAGCUCGUUUUUCAAUGUUGAAGACUUGACAGUUAUGGACAGCAAUAUAAGACAACUUCUCUCUGCUGCUCAGCAGUAUGGAGUUGAAUCAGAAGGCUCCUUCCUUCAUCAAGCGUACGAUCAGCUCAAGACCGCUGCAGAGACUAAACCGACGUCAGAUGGACCCUUACCGUUUGGCCAGGAUCUCUAUGUGCUGUGUGCAGAAAUUGCCUUCCAGUAUGGUCUUGUCGAUAUCACCAAGGAAUGUCUCAAGAUGUUUUUCAUGAAAGCGUCGCCACCCAACCAGUUUCUGUGCAGAGCGUACCUAUGCCAGGCCCAACUGUUGGCACCCACAUCAGCUGAAGAUAGUACACAACUAGAAAAAGCUGUGGUCUAUCUGCUGAAGGCAAUUAACUUUGCUAAGGAAAACCAAAGAUAUCAUUUCCUCGUCUACAAUGCCUCGGUCCUCUUCUGGCAGUUCUGCCGUCCGUUCCUCAAGCCGGGCUACCGCCAGUACCUGUCCAUCAGCUUACACUCAGUGGUCAAGGCCCUGGACGAUAUCGACGACAAGGACUACGAGUGGCGGGCCCAGCUGAUGAUAGCGCUGAUUGAGUGUCACGUGGAUGCCGGGAGAGUCAAAGAGGCCGCGGAGGUCAGCAAAGCCACGGCGGAGUUUACCAAGACCAACGUGGCAGCGUUGUACAAACAGGUCUUGGGAUUACAGAUUCGUCAUCAGCUUGUGGAUCACAGUAAACUAAUCAAGGACAUCAAACAGAGCGGAGACUUGACGGCGUACUACAAGCUGGUCAAACUCAGAGUUUCACUGGAGCAGAAAGAAAUCUCUGAUUUUGAGGUGCAAGGAGACAAAAUCCUGCGUCAGAUCCUGAUGGAGGAAGACCCAUCGCGCUCCAACAGCGCCCUCAGUGGUCGCAAGACAGCUACGCCCGUCAGCGUCUCCGAAGAAGUCAGCACGAAAAGCCAGUCAGCUGGGGACGGAUCAGUACCCCCACGCACUAACAAGCGAGCACCUGCAGUGCCUGCACCUGCAGCUGUCACUGCUGCUGCUGCUGCACCAACCCAACCAGGGACUGCUGUGUCUUGCACUGAACGUGUGCUUACUGUGAGGUCAGUGGUUUCAAAAUGGAGACCCCUCCCAACCACCCCUGUCUCGAAAUGGGAAAAAGCUCCUCUUCUUCUAGAACUGGCUAAUCUGUGCAUCGAGUAUGACCAACCGGACCUUGUGGCACGAUGUCUGGACGGAAUGAAAAACACCCACAUCAAGGACAAGGGAAUGUUCAUUCAAAUGGAGUUCAUUGAGUGUUCUCUGAUGGUGCUGAAGUUAAGGGAGAGGCAGGAAUCCUACAGUAAAAUGUCUGUUGAGGUCCGCAUCCAAGCCAUUAACCGCUUGACUGAAGCUCUGAUGAACGCGGUCCGCUACGGAGACCCAAAUAUUAUCCAAGCUGGCUGCGUGACCCAAUGGAAUCUCUGUCUACCAUUACUUCAGACCAACCUGAGGGAGCACUGUCGUAAGCCCCUGACUGUGGUAGCAGAAGCCUUGGAAAACAUCCAAAGUUUGUUAGUGUUGCUCCGCUGUCAAAUCCACACCGAGUUGGCUAAAUGUGAGGAAGAUGAGGAACAGAUACAAGUGGCGAUGGAACACCUCAAAAAGGCUCUGAGUCUGGAUGACGGUGGGCAGUACCAUGAACGUCUAGAGACUGCUCUCCACCGAUUGAAGCUGAGAGCAGAGCUGUACAAACCACCUGACAGCAUGGAAGACCAAGCAGCAAUGAUCAUAGAACAGGCCAGGAAGAGUGCAGAGUCGGGCACCGUUAGGAUGAAGAGAUCCCUCCUGGUCAAAGCCGGCCAGGCAUUGUCCCCAGAUGCUUUCCUCUUGGUCCUAGAGAGUGAGAACGAAAUCAAAGGGGCUCAGUGAUGGCUUUGUAGCAUUUACCACCCCACUGGAUCCAAGUAGGAGGACACGCCCCUCUACGACCACCAAUGGAGGCCUUACACAUCUCGUUACCACCAGAGCAACCCAUCAUCAGAUGAAGGCUCAUCAAGCCAAAGAUGAACCCUCUAGACACCAUUAUCUCUCAGGCCUUACUCAACUGGUGUCUGGUUCUGCAAUGAAGUUACUGCAUUUCACGUUGAAUCAUUUUGUUGAGAAUUGAGCGUCAGAUAUUUUCUUUUAAUUAAGAGAGUGAAGAUACCAAAACAAGUUGGAAGCUCGGCCUUUGUAUUAAGGACAAUAUGAACUGGUGCAGUAUAUUGAUCAGAGGUA